UUAAAUAACACUAGUGUCGUGAUUGAACGUGUGUUUAAUAAUAAUAUUAAUAACAUUUAUCUAUUUUUUUUUAAUUUAAAAAUGAAGUUCUUAAUAAUUGAUAUUAAUAUGAGAAGAUUAAUAAUUAUCGUUACUGGAUUUAUUAUAAUGAUUGACGAUAUUAAUUGUCGUAAAAGUUAUCCGAAAAUAAAUUCAAAUUGUGAAUGCGGUUGGUCUGGUGAAGGAUUACAAAAUAGAAUUGUAGGAGGUACAAUAACAAUUCCACAUAUUUUUCCCUGGAUAGCUGCUAUUUUUUAUAAGGGAGCUUUGCAUUGUGGCGGUGCAUUAAUUAAUGAUCGUUAUGUUUUGACUGCUGGUCAUUGUGUUAAAUGGAUCGAUCAACGUGGUUUAGAUGUUGGUCUGGGUAUGCAUGAUAUAAAAUCACUAUCUGAUGGUUACAUUAUCCCAAUAGAUCGUGCAAUAUUGCAUGAAGAUUUUGAAAGUGAUUAUUUACAUGACACUAAUGAUAUCGCGUUAUUAAAAUUAAGUCGUACAGUGCGUUACAAUGAUAAAGUACAGCCAAUUUGUUUGCCCGCACGAGGAUCUGAUUACUCGGGGCAUUUAGUUAAAGUCGCUGGCUGGGGUAGGGUUACAGUUAAUGGCGGAGCUUCAAGAUAUUUAAGACAAGCAACCCUCAAAGUAAUGCCUUAUAAAAUUUGCACCAAUACAUCAUUUGGUGACCAUUUAACAGAGUCAAUGCUGUGCGCAUAUAAUGACAAUACUGAUGCAUGUCAGGGUGAUAGUGGCGGUCCACUUUUAUUUGAAAGAUCUGGUGGAAGAUAUGAAAUUGCUGGAAUCGUAUCCUGGGGAAUAGGAUGUGCGCAACCAGGUGUACCAGGUGUCUAUGUAAAAGUAACUGAUUAUUUAAUAUGGAUAAGAAGUCACACUAAAGAUGCAACAUAUUGUUUAAAUAGAUAAAAAAAAAAUUAUAAUAAAAAAAAAACAAAUUGACGUCAGUUUAUUUGUUAUUUAAUUGAGUAUAAAAUAAAAAUUGUUAAAUUAAAUUUUUUAUAACAUUAAAUUAUAUAAUUGCUCGUACAAUUUUUAUUGGACGAUAAAAAAAUGUUAAUUAAAAAUAAAUUGAUUUACAAUCAAUCGAUUAAAGAUUUAUCAGAAAAACUUUUUAAAAUUAUAAUUAAUUAGAACAAAUAUAAAAAUAAAU